ACUUUCUUACAUUGCCACAUUCAGAGCGACUCAUUUAGCCAUAGCCAGCGAAGGGUAAUUGACUAUAAAAUACUUUGCGCGACCCGACGUCCCGUUCAUUUAUGUUUUCGUACUUUAGUGUAUUUUAUAGUUCCCGGAAUUAUAGUGAUUGCUGUAAAAAGUCCACACCUGGUUAGGAUUUUCUCGACGGAUAUUAAACUGAAUAUUUUCCCUUGAGCUCAACGAGCUAACGUUAGCUAGCUACGAACAACAAACAACAGACUAAUCCGAGUUGUCAGAGAUUUUCGCUGGGAAGUUAGCUAGCUAGCUAGCUAGCUAGCUAGGUGCAGUUGUUUUCAGUAGCUUGUGGGCGAAGACUGUUAGAGAGUAUAUCUCGCCAACUGUAUAAUUUAAUUUACGUUGGUAAAUGAAUCACUGGAAUAACAGACAGAUAAGAUAACGUUACCGUGUCUAAGAAGGCUAAUCCAGGAGGUGGGUAUCUGGAUCAGUUUCGAUAACUGGCUAGCUGGCUAGCUGGUUUGUUGGCUAGCUGCUAGCUGGCUGGCGUGACCGUUUAACAGUAAGUUAAAACUUAGACUUUGAGUAUUUUUGUUUGAACAUCGUGCUAGAAUAUGGCUCAACAUGGACAUAGCGUUACUCAUGUAGCGAGUUCCCAAAAGGCACUGAUGCUGGAAAUGAAAAGUCUACAAGAGGAGCCAGUGGAAGGUUUCAGAAUAACUUUAGUGGAUGAAGCAGACUUGUAUAACUGGGAAGUAGCCAUCUUCGGACCCCCCAACACCCUUUAUGAAGGGGGAUAUUUUAAGGCUCGCAUCAAGUUCCCCACCGACUACCCCUACUCCCCGCCCUCCUUCAGGUUCCUCACCAAAAUGUGGCACCCCAACAUCUACGAGAAUGGGGACGUCUGCAUUUCCAUCCUUCACCCCCCCGUGGAUGACCCCCAGAGCGGGGAGCUGCCCUCCGAGCGGUGGAACCCCACGCAGAACGUCAGGACCAUCCUGCUGAGCGUCAUCUCCCUGCUCAACGAGCCCAACACCUUCUCCCCCGCCAACGUGGACGCCUCCGUCAUGUACCGCAAGUGGAGGGACAGCAAGGGCAAGGAGCGGGAGUACGCCGAGAUCAUCAGGAAGCAGGUGCUGUCCACCAAAGCGGACGCGGAGCGGGACGGGGUGAAGGUGCCCACCACGCUGGCGGAGUACUGCGUGCGCACGCGGGCCCCCCCCGCGGACGAGGGCUCCGACCUGUUCUACGACGAUUACUAUGACGACGAGGACCUCGACGACGAGGACGGCGAGGACUGCUGCUACGACGAGGACGACUCCGGGACGGAGGAGUCCUGAUGCCCCCCCCGCCCCUUUCUCAUCAUAGCCCCGCCCCUUCCUGUCCAAAGCCCCGCCCCUUCCUGUUCAAAGCCCCGCCCCUUCCUGUUCAAAGCCCCGCCCCUUUUCUCCUUAAUUUCCCACCCCUUACGUCAUAACCGCACCCCAUUCCCUGCAAGGCACAGGCCCUUUUCUCCCCAAGGCCCCUUCCUUUUACACUGUAACCCCACCCACUCCCUUCUGAGCCGCUGCCCUUCCCGUCGUUACUCCGCCCCUUCUCCACCUAAACCAAUCAGAGCUCCCGUAAUGCCUCUGCUAUGGAUCGCCAGCCAGACCUGCUUUUUGAAUGCAUGUAUAUUUACCGCCAAAUAAUCAACAUUUGGUGGCAAAUGUAUAAUUACCAAAUUUUUUUGUCCACCCCCCCAUUAUUUUUUUCUCAUGUGUCCCCAUCCCCCCCGCUCCACUUUAGCGCACGUGCGCCGCUUUUGCCGUCUGCGUCCCGGGACGUUCCGGUGAAUCCACCCUCCGUUGAAGCGCGCCCUGCACCCCCCUGCACGCCAGGGGCUCCCCCCUUUAAACGAGUAGAGUACGGGACUGGAUCAUGUGACUGAGGGAGGGGCAGGGGCCCUGCUCUUGUCUCUGAUUGGCUCUCGAUGGUCCUUGUGAUGCGUUGAGCCUGUUCGCUGAGAGCCAAUCCGCACGCAGGCUCACGAGCCUUUCGGCCUCCCCAGCCGUCUGCUGUCAGACGUUUAGAUUUACUGCCCAGUUUAGCAAUAAUUCUGUUUGUCUGUGUGUGUGUGUUUGGGUGUGGGUGAGCAUGGCGGGGGUGUGUGUGUGUGUGUGUGUGCGUGCACGUGUGUGUGU